UUUGAACAUCCUCAGUUUAGGGCUAAGUUGGUAGCACCUCUUUCACAUGGGCAGCCACCACAGCAGAAAAUGGCAGAGUCUGCAAUAUUCCUGAGAUGAGGGAGACCUAAUAUUUGAGCCCUUGAACUCCAUGGCAGACUCACUCUCCUGCAGCAACUGUGCUGACACUGAGGACUCCGAAUCAAACCUGAGCCUCUCUGUGGGCUACUACCCCAAUGAGGACACCUUCUCCAAUGAGAAUACAACCUCCUGUGAAGAUACAUCUUCCAACAAUCCCUCAAUCCAUUUUGUCCCUCCUGAAAGUAUAGGGAGACUCCUGGAGAGACAAGACCAAAUUCAGGACAGCACAGAGCAGUUUGGCAAACUCGGCAUCACCCUGGCCUGGGAUGGCGGUAACCAUUCAGACUCAAUCAUUAAUUGGGAUCUAUAUGGAGACAACCAGUGGAUAGACAAAUAUCCUGAAGAGAAGACAAAACUGACUCUCAGCAAACUGGAUGGGCUGGUGCAAAGGCUUGAGAAAUUUCUAGAAAAUCAGAAAGAUGACGAAGAUGAUGAGCCUGUAUUCCCUGAAUCUGCUCAAAAGGAAGAUUUCCAGCUGUCCAGCAGCACCCCUCCAGAUGUGGCUCAGACAAUAAGACAAGCAACUGGCAGACAAAGAACAAGUACUACAGAGACCUGCUCAAUCUCGUCAGAUAAGCCGAAGGAGGAGGAUACUCAUUCUAGUACACCACCCCUCUCCUUGCUCAACUUCAGGUGGGUCUUCCGCUGGCUGAGGCAGCGAGUCCUCUCCUCAUUUUGGGGAAGAGAGCAUCCCAAGAAGGCCCCCAAGAACCCCCAUAAGCUGACACGAAGGAAAAGACUCUGUCACAGAAGCAAGAAAAUCCAACCUCAAGAAUCCAUUGAAGGAGAAUACCCUAUAUCACCAAGUUUUAAAACUUUUUAAUUGCCCUAUUCUACAAUCCCCAUGAAUCAUCUCCCCCCACCCCCAAUAAACAAAACACAUAUUCUUGUAA